GUUUGCGUACGCUUCUUCAGACAAGCUGGUUUACAUCAGACAGUUUUCAGAACGAGGCGCAGAAAUGACCUUGUCAGCGGUUUUACAGGGCCACGAGGCCGAGGUGACGCAGGUAAGUCCUCUGCACUGAGGAACUUAGCGGGGGAGGUAUCGACCACCCUCAGACUUUACUCAUUACUGGGAGACGAGCAAUCCACCCAUCCCCUAACAAAACGUUAACACUUACUUCUUACUUAUGACAAAAUGAUGGGUUUAGGAAGGGGUGGGUAGGCAGAUUAGAAGAUCCCUGAAUUUUCGCUUGAGUGUCAAAGAGAUGGGAGAUCUUUGGCCUGCCUUAAAGACUAAAUCCAUCCAUCUUUUGAUCAGUGUUGCAUUGCUGAUCCUGAUCUACGCCAAGAUGCGACUCAUUUUCACUGUUUUUUGUCCAAGUUGCCCUUGCAAGAUUUAGUUUCCCAGUGGAAUUAAAAUCUUCCUUACUGAGCGCCAGGGGUCGAUUAUCAGAAACAUUGACGACGGUGGAAGAGCAGAAUCGCCAUUAAAAAGGUUUAUAUACUGACGUAGUGUAUAUAUAAUAGUGUCCUCAGUAAGAAGAGAGAGCCUCCUACCCUCGGCCAGAUCAUUCAUUGGCACGUAAGCAAAGAUGUUGGUAUUUUAAGUGUGUCUUUUGAGCAGCUCAAAGUUCUGUUUCGGGUCGUUUUUAGGUGCGAUGGAAUGCGGUGCUAACCAAGUGGAUCACGGGUUCAGAGGAUGGUACUAUUCGUGUUUGGGUAUGUGAUGAUUUAUAACAGCAAGAAACCGAUAUCCCCCGUUUAGUGAAUCAAUAAGCUGGCUAUUUGCUGACAUCACAUGACGUCUUACAAAAGACUGAACAGACAUAGCCUGCAAAACAGCCCCUAUUUUUGCGUGCGUCAAAAACGCCAACGCGAUCAAGCCAAAGUAAAGAUGGAGAGUGAGAUUAAGGAGAGAAACUUCAAGCUGUGAAAAACCGAUUUUGAGAAAGAAAACCGAAUGUCUCUUUUUUUCAGUUGAAGUCUAGAAAAGACACUGAAAAAAAAAAAAACAAUACUCACCAUCCAAAAACACAAACUAACUAACAAUGGUUUCUGCGACACCAAAUUUCACGGUGGCCGGCACCCGUUUUUACUACUAACUUGUUUCCAAUCCACUCAUGACAGAGAGCAGACGGAAUGGCCUGUGAUCUAGUUCUCAGUGCCCAAGGAGCAGUGUCGGCACUUUGCAUUGACCAAGUGAACGGUUGCAUUGUAGCAGGAGUGCAAGAAAUUAUUAGGUGAGAAGAGACGCCAUAUUACGAGGCGUAUAACGUGUUCUCAGACCAGCGUGAAACCAAUGUGGCCAAUCAAAACAUUUAACCAAUCAGAAUGCGAAGCUAGUACGUGUAGCCAAUGCUAAGCGCGGGAAAAAGCGCGGGUUCAAGGAAGUAUCGAUUGGUUUUGUUUGUUCUUCUGAUUGAUGGAGAAAUCAAAGCCAAUCAAAAUAGCCCAAACAUUUGCGCAGUUCCCACUUUUAUGCCUUUACAAAUGUUGGCUAUUUACACUUUUUCAUUUCCCGGAUUUCAAGUAAUCACCCUUUCGAAGUCGACUGUCGAAGUCAAUAAUCGCACAGGAAAUAAGAAUAUAUCUAUUUGAACAGUCUCUUGUUUCCGACUGGUCAUUGUGAGAUUGUACAGAAAAACCUCGUUUUCAUGGCUCUCUGUUACUCGUUCCUACAGGGACGAGUAGAAGGACCCUGGGAACAAUCGUGAAAUUGGGUAGAUUUUGUUUUCCCAAUUGGCUUAUUUGGUCGCGCCAUCGCUUAUUAGGUCGGUUACUACGAAGUUGCGCAGGAACCUGGUUCCAAAUCCGUGCCCUACCAACAGUCCCAUGGGGAAAUUCGGCACAACAAGGACCCAGUCCCUUGCGCAACCUCGAAAUUUUGACAUAUUGGCGGAAAUUAACAGAUGAGAUGGCGGGUCAUAAGAUUAAUUUUUGUUGUUUUGUUUUGUUUUGUGUUUCUCAUUCCCUUCCUUUUGUCAAGGUGUUUUAACUCUUUAGAGAGAAAUGUCAUUUACUGACUAUGUUUUCGUUCCCCAGAGUAUAUGAUCCAGAAAGUCGUAAAAUCGUUCAGAAGAAUCUUGGGCACAAUGAUUCCGUACGCUGCAUUAUUCACAUUCCCGAGAGGAGUCAGGUAUUACUAUGAAAUUAUUCCUUUGUUUAUUUAUUUGUUGUUUUCUUCUUGGAUUUGCGAGGGGAAACUGGGCGAGCAAAACAUUAGUACCCAGCAGAAGGAGUAAGAGUAUCGGAUAAUGAUUUCGAUAUCGGUACCGGGUAUCGAAAAAUAUCGGUAGCGGGUAUCGAAAAAAUCAGGAAAGAGUAUCGUACGUUUAAACUAUUCUUAGAGUUUGUUUUUAAGAGUAUGACAAAUUGAUCUAUCCUACGAGCAGAGUCUGCUUGCAGGGUAAAAUUGAUUUCAAUUUUUUCGAUUUUUCUAUCUCGUGUAAACCCAUCCUAAGUUUUCUUUGUUUAUCUGUUUAUUUGCCGUAGUAUGUUUCUGCUUCGUGGGAUAAGACAGUUCGAAUUUGGAACGCGUACAAGAAAUGUAAGAUAGUAGCUGUUAAUUUUUGUGCUUUAUUAUGAAUUAUAUUUUCUGAAAGUUAACUUACACGUGUACAACUUACACGUGUACAUUGUUCACAAUUUCAUUUUCUUCAUUGUAUUUUUAGCUCGCAAAAAACCUGCGAAAGACACGACAGAAUUUGCUGACUCCUGAUGUGGAUGGCUCAGUUAUAUAAGAAUGGCUAGAAACAUAGUAUUCACCUGCCUACCGCGGAGUUCUAACAUAUCAGAAAC